GGUUAUACGUGGACAUGGCCGUGUAACGCGUUUCCGUGUGGAUAAAGGUCUUGAAGCUCUGAGUGAAAGGUCCUUGCUGAAAGUUUCUGCAGUUUGGUAGUGAUCCAGCAUGUAGCAGAGGUGAACACGUCCCUUCACGCCUGGGAACAAUCCGAUAACAUAAUGGGGAAUUCUUACGCCGGGCAGCUGAAGUCUGCUCGAUUUGAAGAGGCUCUCCACAACUCUAUCGAGGCGUCACUGCGCUCCAGCAGUGGAGACCCACAGCCCAUCUUCACACAGCUCUACCUUGAGCCGGAAACGUAUCCUGGUAAUAUGGAAGAUGUGAAGUCGAAAGCCGACCUUCAUGGUGGGGAGCCGGCAGGCCACGAGCUCAUGAACGGCCACUCCUCCAACGAUCUGGAGGAGCUGGAGGACGACGAUGACUCGGACAGCAGCAGCCCUCCUCUUCCCUACUUACAGGCCCCUGCACCCGACGGCUGCUGCACGCUGGACGGGUUCUGUCAGGCCGGCAAGGACCUCCGCCUGGUCUCCAUAGCAACAGAGCCCAUCGAAGUCCCAGCAGGUUUCGAGUUGGUCGGCGCCAAGUCCCCCAGCGUCCCCGAGCACAUAUUGGUUUGUGCCGUUGACCGACGUUUUUUACCUGACGAGAAUGGGAAAAAUGCACUUUUAGGUUUUUCAGGAAACUGUGUGGGCUGUGGAGAAAAGGGUUUCAGAUACUUCACUGAGUUUUCCAACCACAUCAACCUGAAGUUAUCCACCCAGCCCAAGAAGCAGAAGCACUUAAAAUACUACCUGGUGAAGAAUUCUCAGGGUGCUCUGUGCAAAGGACCCCUCAUCUGCUGGAAAGACUGUAAAACCCGUCAGUUCUCCAGCAGCGCGUCGACGUCCAAACCCAGCUCGUCCUCGUCUCUCAGCAGCAAAGAAAACGGAGGCGCCAGUGGACACAGCUCCUCUCCGUUCUCCCUUUCAGAUUCUCCACCCAACAGAACGACGCAGGCAUCCUCUGUCUUUUUUGGGAGUCAGGACCUCAGCAGAGACUGCAGUUUCCUCAAACCUCCGUCAUCCACACCUGGCAACAAGACUCUACCAAUAGUACCCACAGCUCUGAGGGUGAACGGACCGACAAAUGGCCUGAGUGUUGAUGGCCGUCCUCCUUUAUUGAGUCCCUCCCAGGUCUCUUUAGGGCCUCAGGGUCAGGGGUAUCGCACUGCUGACUUAGGAGACAGUCCUGUAUCCAAUGCUAUGAACUCGGGUCCUCCAAAGAAGCGCCACCGGAGCUGGCAUCCCAACUCGUUGGUACCUGUCCCACCCACAGCCGUCCCUGUUCCAGCCAUCCGGCCAAUAGUCUGUUCUCCAGGUUCUGUGUUAGGAGUGUCCCCUCCUCAGCCACAAGUGUCAGGAGUCAUUCAGCCCCAACCUAUCACCGCUGGAGAGACGGUCAUCGUCCCCGACAACCUGCUCAACUCUUCAGGAUUUCGCCCUGUCAUCCUUAUUGGGCAUGGCACUUUACCUUAUUUCUAUGGGAAUGUUGGGGACAUAGUUGUGAGCCCUCUGCUGGUCAGCUGCUAUAAGAGCAGCCAGCUGACUGAGAAAACCCUGGAGACGCUGGGCCUCAACAGCAGCCAGCUUCUCUCUGUGGAGACCAUGAUUCUGCUCACGUUACAGUAUCUUGCACGUUUAGGCUUGGAGCAGAUUCCUCUGAGGGAGGAGCUGGAGCAGAUUGUAUUGAAGGCCAUGCUGUGCUGUCCCAGGGGUCCUGCCAUCUCCCCGUCCCAGCUGCCCUGGUUGGCUCGGCUGGAAGCCAGUGUCUCAGGGGGCAGCGUCCAAGUAGUGGUCACCCAUAAUUCUCUGGGAGAAGGCAUCUCUGAGUCACUUCGGUCUCUCAGCGAGGGUCCUCAACACCAGAAGUGCAUGCCCACAUAUGUAGUCAUUAUAUGUGCCUCCAAAAUGAGCGGCAACGAGUUCUGUGUGCUUGUUUUGGGAAAGUACCAAGCUCGGGCCUUAGCAGAGGGAAUGCUGACUACAAACGAGUUUCUGAAGGAGAUCAGCUACGAACUCAUCACAGGGAAAGUCAGCGUCUUGGCGUCUCACUUUAAGACCACGUCGCUAGGGGACAAUCUGGACAAGCAGCUGGUGCGAUACCAGCGGCGUCGAAAAGGACAGGUCAUCCAGCCUUUCCAGGGCGAUGCCGCUGACCACAUCCACUCCCCAGAGGCUGCCAGCAUGUCACCACCAUCAGAUAGAGCAGAGCUGUUGAGUAAGGUCUUCCAGAUCUAUCCGACCCAGCUGAGCGUGGCUCGGAGUCUCCUCUCUCAAGUCUGCUCCAUCGCUGACUCAGGAACCCAGAAUCUGGACUUGGGGCGAUUUUGUAAAGUGGACUUUCUUGUUUUGGUUCCUCCAUCUCACAUCCUGGUACACCAGACGGCACAGCGCAUCCGACAAUCAGGAGUUCUUGUCGACCUGGGAAUCGAAGACGUCUGCUCAGCCCACCAGAAAUCAGACAAGUACGUGGUGCGUCUGGACGGUGACGUUCACACCAAGAUGGAGGCCUUCAUGAGGAAAGUCAAGCAAAACCCCUACACCCUGUUUGUCCUCAUCCACGACAACUCACACGUCGACCUCACAAGUGCUCUGUCAGGUUCGGUGUGCCAUGGCGAGCUGCAGGGUCUGGCUGACCGUGUGGUGAACUGUCAGGAAGUCCUCGAUGCCAUGAACCUCCUGGUCUUGCAGGUCAGCUGCUUCCCGUACACACUGCAGACUCGCCAGUCCCGCAUCAGCAUACACAAUGAAGUUCACUGGCCCUCCAACGAAAGUCUGCAGGGGGAGCAGUCUCCUAAUGAGUUGCUCUACUUUGGCCUGAGGGACUACAGCAGCUCCCUGCAGUGGGGCGUGGCCAGCCCUAUUCUGCGCUGUGAUGAUGCAUUUGAGAAGAUGGUUCACACACUGCUUGAAAGACAUCCGCACCUGCACAGCAUGGUGAUUCGCAGCUACCUGCUGAUUCAGCAGUACACUGAGGCCAUGAUGGCUCUGACCUCCUCCCCGUCCCUGAGAGACCACAUCACCCCAGAGACCCUGGCCAUGGUGGAGGACCUGAUCAACGCCCCCAGCAGAGAGGGCUCCCAGGGCCGGGGCCACAUGCUGCUGGUUCGAGUCCCCUCGCUGCAGCUGGCGAUGCUGGCGCGGGAGCGACUGGAGGACGUGAGGGACAAACUGGGGCUCCAGCUGUGCUUUGCUGUGCUGCUGGGAAGCCCCGCCUCCGAACUCAACCUGCCCAGAAACUUCACCAGUCGCCUCAGGGCGUGGAGAGGCUGUGAGAAUGAAGACUGGGUACCGCACACUUAUGAGGACCUGGAAGGGCUGCCAUGCAUAGUUAUCCUCACAGGGAAGGACCCUCUUGGAGAAACUUUCCCCAGGUCCCUCAAGUACAGCGACCUGCGUCUAAUAGACUCCAGCUACCUGACUCGCACAGCCCUGGAACAGGAGGUGGGUCUGGCCUGCACCUAUGUGUCCAUGGCUGUGGUCCAGGAGCCCAAGAAGGCCACGGCCCCUCGAGAAUCGGACGGAGAGAAGGCCGCCCCCAGCUUGAAUGAUGGAGAUGAGCUGGAAAGGCCUCAGAGCAAUGGCAGCGCUGCAACCAGAACUUCUGGCUCUUUGGCCGAGAAUGGUGUCAGUUCAUCUGACGUUGCCGACUCUUCCCAGAAGCCCUCCACUUCCACCUGCCCACCCGAAGGUGCCGUCACCUCGGACAUAGGCACGUUAACACAAGGCCUCAAGCAGGAGUGCGAUUCCAUGGGAAGCCAGCUCCCCUCAAACACCUCUAAAGCCUCCAAGGCCCCUCCCUCUCUUUACUCCAGUUCCUCCUCAUCCUCCCCGUCCCCAUCGUCCUCCUCCACCCAGAGGCCAAGCCAGUCCACACAGUGCGGUCGAGACUCUAAACCCACUCGGGUGUCACCACGGACGGUCAUCAUGUCGCGGGCUGCAUACAACCUGCUGGCGGGGGAGUCGGGGAGUCAGUUGAGCUCGUUCUCCCUGCUGCCUCACGCAGAUGUAGCCUGGAGCAGCCCGCUUAGGCCGCUUAUCACUCACAACUUGCAGGGGGCAGAGCAGAGCAUGUACUACCGCCAGUGGACCAUCGCCAGGCAGCAUCACGCCGACUACGAAGCCCCAUCUGUACCACAUCCUCGACGCCUGCUGCUCAGUGGACCCCCACAGGUGGGAAAAACUGGUGCCUAUCUGCAGUUUCUUCGUAUCCUCUUCCGAAUGCUCAUCAGACUGUUGGAGGUAGAUGUUUAUGAUGAGGAAGAGGAGGAGGAAGAAGAAACAUCAGAGGUUACAACUCCAGUAAAUUCCCAGCUUCCUGACAUUGAGGAAGUUCGAAAGCUGCCCUUUGACUCCAACCCCCGGGACCCUAAGUUCAGGAAGGCUAGCCCAGUUUACAGUGACAAGAUGCCAAAGUCCUUAAAAGAUUUCAAGCAAGAAGGCGAGAGUCAAACACCAGCAAAACGAGAGACCAAGUCUAUUCGUCUGAGCAGGUUUGCAGCCCACAAUGCCUUUCAUCACUGCGAACAGUGUCACCAGUAUUGUGAAGCAGGCCCCGCCACACAGCUGUCGGAGUGCACCUUCCACGCUUUCACCUUCAGCUCGUCCAUGCUGGGGGAGGAGGUCCAGCUCCAGUUUGUCAUUCCUAAAGCCAAGGAGCAGCACUUUAUCUUCAGCCAGCAGGGCAGCCACUUGGAGAGCAUGUGUCUGCCUCUGGUCUCCACUAAGGAUCCUGAUCUGCUAAAGAGUCCAAUCUUCACACCGACUACAGGACGCCAAGAGCACGGCCUACUCAACAUUUUCCACGCCAUGGAGGGAGCCAGUCAUCUGCACAUUCUGGUCGUCAAGCAAUUCGAGAUGCCUCACUACAGAAAAUACUGGCCCAACCACAUUCUGCUGGUCCUGCCGGCUAUGUUCAACAAUGCGGGAGUUGGUGCCGCCCGCUUCAUGAUCAAAGAGCUGUCAUAUCAUAACCUGGAGCUGGAGAGAAACCGACUGGAGGAGCAAGGUGUCAAGAGGCAAGAUGUAUGGCCUUUCAUAGUCAUGAUGGACGACUCCUGCGUGCUUUGGAACACCCACCAGCCAGCAGACAGCAGUGAGACAUCAGAUGGAACCAACGUGUCUCUGAAGACGGUACUGCAGCAUAUGGAAUCCACACCGAAGAUCUCCCUGUAUGCAAUGUGCGGUACACGCAGGUGGAGCAGCAGCCUGGCUCGCAGGUCUCCCAGCCACCCGUUCAGCCGGUGUCACCUCCACGACUUUGUCAUGCUUAAUGUGGAUCUGACACAGAAUGUUCAAUAUGACCUCAAUCGGUACAGCUGUGAGGAGGUGGACUUUAAUCUACGGGUGAACAGCAGUGGGCUGCUGCUGUGUCGAUUCAACUACUUCAGCCUCAUGAAGAAACACAUUCCAGUUGGGGGAAACAAAGACUUCCUUGUCAAACCUAAACUCAUGGAAAUGGAAAACCCUGCCCCAAUCAGCCCGUCACAGUAUGUCUGCGCACCAGACAGUGAGCAGACCCUCCUGGAUGCCCCGGCCCAUUUCUUGCUUGAAAAGUUCCUGCAAAGCUGCAGCCACAGACUGUUUCCCAAGGCCAUUCAGAACAGAAAAAACCCAGUUCUGUCCAUCGACAGCUACCUCAACAUCAGCCCAGAGAUUUCUGUGUGUUACAUCAACUCUCGUCCACACUCCACCAACCUGAACCAUCAGGGUCUGCUGUUCAGUGGCCUGCUCCUUUACCUCUGUGACUCCUUUGUCGUCUCUGGACUCCUCAAGAAAUUCCGCUUUCUCAAAGGUGCCACUCUCUGCGUGAUCUGCCAGGACCGAAGUUCCCUGCGUCAAACCAUCGUCCGACUGGAGCUGGAGGACGAGUGGCAAUUCCGCCUGCGGGACGAGUUUCAGACAGCCAACUGCAGUGAGGACCGGCCCCUGUACUUUCUGACUGGCCGCCAUGUUUGAACCUUUAAACACGCUGGACCUUACUGCUCUGCUGCAGAAACACAAUCAGAAAUGAAGAAAGAUUUGAUUCCAAACCAGCCAGCAAUCACAAUUCUUGCCAUUCCAGUGGAAGGUCAGAGGGGAUGUGCUGGAGCACAAGAUCCAAAGUGCCCCGCAAGUGGACACAAGGCCACCUGAUAUGGCUUUUUCUUUCACCUGUACUGCCACAGUGCACUAUGCCUGGCUCUGAGGAGGGUCAGCGCGUGGUUUAACUCUUGCUUGUAGCUGGACUUUUCUCCACCUGUGCUUGUGUUCUACUGAAACAGACUUCGCUGUGGGGGAAACAAGCACAGCUGAACUUUAUUUGUUUUUUUUUUGUUCACAAAAAUGGACGUUCUCUGAUCAAUGAUGUGACUAUUUGAAGAUUGUAUGUGUACAUGGACAUUGACUACAGUAUGUCCAGUUCUGGACAUACGUGUUUAUCUCAGGGUUUUAAUGGGAGAUCCAAGGGAGGUUGCUUAAAGUGGUAAAUCUUUUCUCCAAGUUCACCGUGAAUUUUUUGGCAUUAACUUGUGUUGUGCACCAAAGACAUCUUCAGCUGCCCCUUUUCUCUCCUCGCCUGCUCUGCCUCUCAAACUCCACAAAGCUCAAGACUCAGCUCGCAACAUUAAAGGGACAGUUCACCCAAAAAAAAAU